GGCUUGAUCCCCAGAUGGUCUGUCUCUCUCUCCACUUCCACUUUCUGGCCAGAAUUACCUCAGAGAGAAGCCAUCUUUAUUUCAUUAGUUGGGUCUAUAAUGAAAAGAUGGAAGGAGAUCCCAAGGCGCCAGACCUCCACGUUACCCCUCAGUCAGCGGCUUUUGAACAAAGCUCGCUCUCUGAGCCGGCAGCUUUGCCUGCUGCUGAGCCUAACUGGAUUGGCCAUCGUGGGUGUGCUUUCCCUGAAUAAGUCGUGGAUCUGCUUUAACGUGCCGGUGGGUUACCCUGGCAACUUCACGUACAUCAACAUCUACGCCUCUCUCUUUGUUCCCUGCCCAGAGACUGAGUGCACACUGGAGCCUGAUCAGUCACCCUAUUACCUGAGUUAUUCCGUGGUCUUCAUCCUCAUUGCUUGUCUCAUCAGUUUCCUUCUCUGCCUGGCUUUGGCCUACUCCAUUAUCUUCGCAGGCUCGGUGCCCAUCUUUGACCUCUCCACCUCCAUCGCCAGCUUCUCUACAGGCCUGUUUGUGUUCCUGUGUGCCCUGUUCUACCUGCUUCAGGCCCAGAAUUUCCUGCAAGAGGGGAUGAGCUACACCCUGGAAAUUGACUACUAUAUGGCAUGGGCAGGCAUUUUCCUCUUCAUGAUGACAGGCUUCUUUUGCUUCCUCAACUAUAUGAAUUUCUGGUCUAUAAUUACACCAGGGGGGACCUGGCUUUAAGCCUUUGAGAUUGAUUCUUACUCUGGACUCUGCCCUCCUGACUUCUUAUGCCUAUGUGUCUAUACCCCCCCCCAGCUAAGCCCCUCACCAUCCCUAGUCCAUCCCCGCCUUCCUUGACUCCUAUAUUUAAUAAAAUCAUGUACCCCCCCAAUCUGCAGUCUGUCCACUCAGCUUGACUUUACUGAGCCUCCCAAGCCCCUGUCCCAUAUGCUG